AUGAGAUUCACUGAUACCGCUCUCAUCGGUGUUACUGUCGCUCUUGCUAACGCCGGCCCUGUCUCGAAGCGUGCUAUUAGCGAUACCGACGUCCUCAACUAUGCUCUCACCCUUGAGCAGCUCGAGGCCUCUUUCUACGCUGAGGGUCUCAAGAACUACACUCAGGAGGACUUUGUCAAGGCCGGCAUGGAGGAUCCUUUCUAUGCCAACCUGAAGAAAGUUGCUUCCGAUGAGAAGGAGCACGUCGAUUUCUUGACCUCUGCGCUCAAGGCUGCCGGUGCCUCUCCCGUCGCCGCCUGCACCUACAAUUUUCCAUCCACCGACGUCGGCGGUUUCCUGGCACUUGCCAGCGUUCUUGAGGGUGUCGGAGUCAGCGCCUACCUUGGAGCCGCAGCCUCCAUCAUAAGCGACACCUACCUAACAGCCGCCGGCAGCAUCCUCACCACAGAGGCCCGACACAGUGCAUACCUGCGCACCGCGCUAGGUGAAGUCCCUUUCGCCCAGGCCUUUGAUAAUCCCCUCGGGUUCAACGAGGUGUACACUGUCGCCUCCUCCUUCAUCGCUUCAUGUCCCACCAGCAACGGCGCUCUACCCGUAAAGGCCUUCCCCUCGCUCAUGAUGAGCUCGAUGGAUGCCGUGUUGACGGGCUCGAAGGUGCACCUGAUUGCUGGCAGUGGCUUCGACACGAGUACCAGUGACAUCGCUGCUGCCUUUGUCACCGUCACCGGUCCAGUCUGGGCUCCUCUCGAGUCCAUGGGUGAUGGAAAGUUCACCGUCGCUGUUCCCAAUGGCGUUGCCGGACAGAGCUAUGUCGUCUUAACUAAGGGAAACAAGCAGGUGACUGAUGACAACAUCGUUGCUGGCCCUGCUAUCGUCGAGAUUGGAAAGAAGACUGCCAUGGGUACCCCGAUUGGUAUGGCUGCUAUAGGUAUGGGUGGCAAGAAGAACAUGACAAUGCUUAGUCCUUCGAAGUCUAUGACUGGCUCCUGGAGUAGUUCUUCUGCUACCCGAUCUCCUUCUACUACUCCUGUUUACGAUGGUGCUGCUCAGAAAAUAUCCGCUGACAUUGUUAGCGUUGUUGCUGCUGGUCUUGUUGGUGCUGUGGGUCUGAUUUAA